AAGUGCCAACAAUAAUCGGACGAUAACGACAGAUGGGCUGUGAACAAGAAUAUAAGUCUAAAUUUGUUAAAUAUUGUUAAUAGGGCUUUUUUUAUAAAAUAUGUGCAUAAUUUAUAAAUAAUUUUUACAGAAAAUCGAUAUUUUCAAUAAACCUUUGCAAUCGAUUUUACUGUAAGGUUAUUAAAUGCGGAUCAAGUACACGUAUGCAGUAUUUGUGUUCAUAGUUUGUGUUAUUUAGGUAGUUUAAAAUGAAAUAACUUAAAAUAAUACAAAAUUAAACGUUACAAUGUUACCUUUGACUCAAAAAGAUACUCGCCAUUCACGCGGUGGUGUUACCGGUAUCCCGGAAAAAUUCGGCAACUGGUUUAGACUCAUUUAUUCAGACAAGAACUCGAGGAAUUUAUUCCUCUUCCUCAUACUUAACUUAUCUUUUGCUUUCGUCGAACUGUUCUAUGGCAUAUGGACCAACAGUUUGGGUUUGAUAUCCGAUGCUUUCCAUAUGUUCUUUGACUGUACGGGCUUGGUGGCUGGCCUGGCUGCGUCCCUGAUAUCAAAAUGGAGAGCAAAUGAACGCUACUCCUAUGGUUACGCGAGGGCUGAGGUGCUAGCUGGCUUUGUAAAUGGCCUGUUCUUAUUGUUUAUUGCAUUCUUCAUUAUGAGCGAGGCUGUUGAAAGAGCUAUCGAACCACCUGAGGUAAAGCACGAACGUCUACUCUUGGUGUCAAUUCUCGGGUUCUUAGUGAACAUGGUUGGUAUUUACGCAUUCCACCAUGGCCACGGACAUGGGCACGGUGGUCACGGUCACUCGCACGGCGGCCAUGGCCACUCACACGACCACGGCCACUCGCACGACGACAUCGAAGCGCCUACGGGCGCGGGCUCGGCCAUCAUGCGCGGAGUAUUCCUCCACGUCCUGGCCGAUACACUAGGUUCCGUCGGAGUGAUAAUAUCCGCCAUUCUAAUGCGAAUGUUCGGCUGGAUGAGAGCAGAUCCAAUUUGCUCGAUGGCUAUCGCGCUGUUGAUCGCCGCGAGUGUGAUUCCUCUAGUGCGGGAUUCGGCGGGAGUGUUAAUGCAAAGGACGCCGCUUUCGAUCGAACGCGCGUUACCGAAUCUGUUUACGCGCGUCGUGGGCCUGGCCGGCGUGCACGCGGUGCAGGAGCCACACUUCUGGACUCUGUGUAGUGAUGUUCAUGUUGGUGCUAUAAAGCUAGAGGUAGCGAGAGAGGUGGACCCGCGGUAUGUCACGGAACAAGCCGCUAGAAUAUUCCGAGAGGCGGGCGUGAAACAUUUAACAGUACAAUUAGACUAUUCUCCGCUUUGAUGAGUACUCGUGUACAGUUUGGUUGUUUAAUUUGUAUAUAAGAUAGAGUAAAUGAGUGUUAUAUAGCAUUUGCACAUACGAGAGUGUCGCAGUUUUAUUUAUGGUAAUCGGAGACUGAGCGAGUUACGAAUUUGACAAUUUGGAAAAUGAAUAAAAAUGUGUGCAAUAUGAGAAACA